AUGGAUUCUACAAAAAUAGAAAUAUUAUACACCGAACCCCACCCCGAACUCAAAAAUGAUUUAAUAAUUUCUGAUGUAACACAAUACGAAUCUGAAACGACAAAUUUUAAUGUACCGGGCGUUACUUGUAAAAAUGGGUCUGAAUCUAAUAAAAAUAACAAUAUGUUAAAAGAAAUUGCAACUCCGCCUUCAGCCGAAUCAGUUCAACAACCGGGCCCUGGAUCUAUUCCAAUGUCGGCAAUAUUACCGCCAUUAACAUAUGAUCUAAACAAUAAAUUAAUUGAACAAGGUGUCCUCAAAGUACAAGCGAAGCUGAUUUAUCAUUGGGGAAUGUAUUUAUGGCAGAUGACUGCAGGUCAGCCCUCGAAGAGAGACUACCAUAAUCUUUCCUGUUCAAUAGUUCAAGCUUAUCCUGCAUUAAAAGGCGGUGCAUACGAAAAUAGUAUUGUUCGAUCACAGCUAGGCACAUGGAUCAGAAAUCAUAGAGUAAUACUUAAACAUCAACAAACUGUCACUGCGCAAAAAAGAAAUUCUGAAGGAGAAUUUAUUAAACCUGCUACUUCUUUAGCCAAACUGGUGCCUUGUGAAAAAUCCGAAUUGCCGAAGUUUGCUUGUUCCGACAGUUGA